AUGAAGCUAGCAUGGAUCUUUUACUUCUGUGUACCUGGGAAGCAUCAAUACUUCCUCAUGUUACAAUUCUGUAUUAACAUGUGCCAUGAGUUGAGACUGGACUCGAACGAAAAGGGAAGGAGAGGUCUAGAGACGCCCCAAAUUCAGAGGAGAGCACGAAAUCCGGCAGAUAUGAGAGCUCUUCUUGGUACAUUUUACUUAUCAUCUACUUUAUCAAUGGUGUUGAGAAAACGAACGAUUAUGCACUACACAUCAUAUAUGGAGGAUUGCUGCAUGUCUCUCACACUAGGGAAAGACGUUCCUAGCGAUCAGUUGAUCAUGCCAUUUGUGGAAAUUCAGGUUCUUCAAAGGAAGAUCAGCGACACUUUCUGCUACCACGAUGUAUCUACCUGCGACAUAAGAGGCGAGCGCAUACUCCAGAUCACCGUUGAUUCUUUCUCUCGAGAAGUUGAUGGACUUAAGAAGGGCAUUGGCUCAACAAACAAAAAUACUAUUCUGGUCAAACAUCUUCACUUCCUGGAAGUCUGGAUUUAUGAAGUCGCCCUCUAUAAAGAGCUUUGGCAAAGCACUUUCGUGCCUGUUCAAGUCACUCAACCAGAGAAUAACCUCUCGACCCAGUUCUCAAUGCAACGGACUAAUAUGCUGUGGCAGCUAGUCGCAGCAACGCACCUAUUUCAUGAUUGGUGUCUUUCUGUUGAGAAUGCUGAGCUACUUCAAUUCCCAUUCUCUUGGUGGACAGAACUUUCUUAUGUCUUUAUUGUUCAAGUCAAGACUGUUUUCCUUGACUCUGAGACAGAUAUUACAGGACAAGAACAGAUGAAUUUACAGCAAUAUCACCAAGCAGAAUCGCUAAAAGCUGACUUCAGAAGAGCUGCUGAAAAGGAAGUUAUAAUACCUCAUAUGCUGGAUAUGUAUAUGCGGAAAUUGGCCACAGUGACCACGCAGGUUAUUGAUGAUGACGGCGACAGAGACAUGGUAUAUUUUUUUGGAGCUAUGCUUAAAAGCAUACAAUCUGGGUAUGAAAGCCGAAAUGGGGCUGAGAAUAGACAUGCCCCGGAGCAACUUGAAAUGCAGCAAGAAAGGUUAUCCCUUUCACAGCUGCCGUAUCCGGAAGUCAGGAGUACAGACAUGCAUAAACCGAUGCCGCCAGCAGUAACCACAAAUCAUGUGGAGCUAGGAAUAGGUGAACCGCAUAGUUCUUCUACAGGCCAACUAAACUUGCAAUUCGACUUGGCCCAACCUGGAUUUGAUGACUUUGUUUGGGACACAAUAAUGAAUGAAUUCUCAUUCUUUACACCCUAG